AAAGGAAAGGAAAGAAGGGGACCCCAGAAGAGAGAGAAAAUUGUAUUGUAGUUUAGUAGGGUGGGGUUCGCGUAAGGAGUCUCCCUCUCGAGUUUCGACCUUGUUUCCUCUCCUUCACUUUCCCUUUGCUAUAAAUUGCGAGUGGCCGUUACUUCCUAUUCUCUCCCAAACAAACCCUUACAGCUUAUGUCUCAAAGGUCUAACGUUCCUCACUCUUCCACCAUAGCUUUCGGUCUCCAUUCUCAUCUCCUGGUCUCCAGUGAGAUGAACCCUAAUUCCUACUGGUCUUCCUGAUCCAUCUACUUUCCCCAAUAUUUCUUCUCAUUCUUUUUAUUAUUCUUUAAAUAAACACAAAACAAUUAUAAAUAUUAAUUCUUGUUACCCAUUCUUUUGUAUUCACCUUAAAGCCUCAAUUAUUUUAAUUCGAUUGUUGAGAAAAAUCAAAUUACUCAACAAUGGGUGUCAAAGGAUUUGUUGAAGGAGGCAUAGCUUCGAUCGUUGCCGGCUGUUCAACCCACCCAAUCGACCUCGUCAAGGUCCGUAUGCAGCUCCAGGGCGAGUCCGUCACCCCCAACCCGGCGGCGGUUCAAAAUCUCCGACCGGCUCUUUCUUUUCACCCCAACUCAGCUGCUGGAUCCGUCCGUAUCCCAACUCCGCCUCCCGCGCCGCCGGUGCGCGUCGGCCCAAUCGCCGUCGGAGUUCGCAUUGUGCAGCAAGAAGGAAUGGCGGGUUUGUUCUCUGGUGUCUCCGCUACUGUUCUCAGGCAGACUCUCUACUCCACCACACGUAUGGGUCUGUACGAUAUCUUGAAGCAGAAGUGGACCGAUCCCAACACGGGGAACAUGCCCUUGACCCGCAAAAUCACGGCUGGUCUGAUAGCCGGCGCGAUCGGAGCUGCCGUUGGAAACCCAGCUGAUGUGGCGAUGGUUCGUAUGCAAGCCGACGGUCGGCUUCCCAUGGCUCAGCGCCGUAAUUACACGAGCGUGGUCGAUGCUCUGACGCGGAUGUCGCGCCAGGAAGGGAUUCGGAGCUUGUGGCGCGGCUCGUCGAUGACGAUCAACCGAGCCAUGCUCGUGACGGCUUCGCAGCUGGCUUCGUACGACCAGAUCAAGGAGACGAUUCUAGAAAAAGGGGUCAUGAAAGACGGGCUCGGGACCCACGUGACGGCGAGCUUUGCAGCGGGGUUUGUGGCAUCGGUUGCGUCAAACCCAGUUGACGUUAUCAAAACCAGAGUCAUGAACAUGAAGGUGGAGCCCGGAUCGCCUCCGCCGUACAACGGAGCCAUUGACUGUGCUCUCAAAACGGUGCGUUCAGAGGGUCCCUUUGCUCUCUACAAAGGGUUUUUGCCAACGAUCUCGAGGCAAGGGCCUUUCACUGUGAUGCUGUUCGUGACAUUGGAGCAGGUUCGAAAGUUGCUCAAGGAUUUCUGAUUAGAAUGAUGAUGACGACAAUUAAGACUAUUAAUUAAUAUUAUUAUUAUUUACUAUUGAGAUAUUAUUGUAUUAGUAAUUAAGUUUAAUCCUCCUGGAGUUUGGGGAUGGAAUUUAGAAGAUAUUAGAAAGAAAGAAAAAACCAUUGAAGAUGUGUUAAACGUGGUGUUAUCAAUUUGGAUAAUGAUAUAAUAAAUUUUUUGGGAUAAA